AUGGAUUCCUUUGUACGCCAGCUAGUUUGUUUAACGUUGUCAGUUCUUUUAAUUGUUCCCUUAACUUUCGGUGAAGAUGAAGAAAAUGCCAAACUUUUAGUGGCCAAGUCAGUCCUAAACAACAUUCUGGUUGAAGACAAGGAGCUGACUGUCCAAUAUGAUGUCUACAAUGUUGGGACCAGUGCUGCUUAUGAGGUCAAAUUAGAGGAAAAGUCAUUUCAGAGCACUGACUUCGAGGUCUUGCAUGGAAGCCUAGUGGCACAAUGGAAUAGAAUUGGACCGGGCACCAAUGUGACUCACGUCAUCGUACUGAAACCACUAAAAUCUGGUUACUUCAACUUUUCCGCAGCCGAGAUUAGCUAUCUACCAUCUGAAAAUGAUGUUGAACCACAGACUGGCUAUACAAGUUCAUUGGGUGAAGGCUAUUUCAUGAACUACAAAGAUUACGAUAGGAGAUUUUCUGCCCAUGUGCUUGAUUGGUCGGCCUUUGUAAUAAUGACCCUGCCCUCACUGGCCAUACCCUACUUACUGUGGCAUCAAAGUAAGAAUAAGUACGAACACGGCAAGUCGAAGAAGAAUUGA